UCAUCAUGAGGAAAAUCUCACUCCCCUCCCUCCCGAGUUAAGUCCUCAUAAUUUCUGAUACACUUGAACAACAAUGAAUGCACCACUCAGAGUUUUCCCACUGAUGAAAAUUGUCCCAUGCAAAAGUUAGAUAGCGCACGUUAAUUGAUCCCCAUAAGUUCGUCAAAGAUCUUCUCACCAGAGAUUUUCUCUCUCACCAUCCUUUGCAUCCUUUUGCUUGCAUCAUCAUCUUUCUGAUCCAUCUCCCUCACUGCAUAUCACUCCAAAAAGUACAGCUGCUGAAACUACAGAGCUUUCUUCUUCUUCUUUUUCUCUUUUUCUUUUGUGGGUGUUUUUCUUUUUCUGUUUUUUGUUUUGUUUUGUUUUUUUUGCCUUUGAUGGGUUUGGCUGUUCGGUUCAGAGGAGAAUGCAUGAGACUUUCGUUACCCCAUUCCCUCACCUUUCUCAUCAGCAUUGGGUUUGUUGUCAAAAAUAGCUAAAAAAGCAAAGGACUUUCUCUUUUUUCUCUGGGGAGGGUUAAAACAGAGAGAUAGAGAGGGGAUGGUGGGUGAUGCUGAGAGGACCUGGCAUGAACAGGAGUUGGAACAGAGAGAAUCCAGAUAUUUUGAUUGCGAUGAUUGCAGGAAGAGAGAGAGAGAGACAUGAUGCAGCAGACAAUGAAGGGUUGUGAGGACGACAAAGUUGAUCAGAGCAAGGCUGUGAUAGCAAAUGGGCCCUCCAAAGCCUGCAACGCAUAUGAGUGCUUACUGCAACCACACAGCCUCAGGGGGACAUGCAUCCUCAACUUCAUUCUUCUGCUCUUGGGUCAUGGAGAUAGCUACUCUGCAAGCUAAUUGGAGGUUUGUCAUGGCGAUUUGAUCGAUGGAAAUACUCGGCUCAACUUUCUAACUUUGAAUUGGAAGAGCAUCAAAUGGGAUAUUUGAGUGUGCGAUGAUCUCUCUACAACCACAAUACGUGAUCUGCACAAUCCCAUCUGAUGGGUUAAAUGGUUAUGAUGUCAUGUUGCAUCCUCCACAUUAUUAUGUAAUCAAAGUGACACUGAUGUUUUUCAGGGAAAUGAACUUUGAGAUAAGUUGAAUAUCUUCAUGAGCCAAGUUUUUGCAUGAAGAAAAGGGUCCGAACAGGUUGGGACCUACCUCAUCUUCAUGAGCCAAGUUACGUGAGAUCCUGGGAUUGAAGAUUUCCGACUCACCUUGUCGGAGUUGUGACGUGUUGAGAUUGCAAUGGAGCAUAAUUUGUUUGAUGUUUCAGUAGAUAUAUCGAACCGAGCCUCUUUCUUGCUGGAUGGUGUUUCGGCACACGCAUCCGCAAGCUCCUUCCCACAGUCGGAUUCACUCAACAAGAAUAACUCAGACCACACGGUCGGGUUUCCAAUACAUUCGAACAUUCAUGGAGAAUCGAUUAGUGAUCUACAAGCUGGAAUAACCAGUUCACAGUUUAUUUCUGAUGCAUCAGUUCCGUUUCUUGGGAUCGAUGUCAUUCGGAAUGCUUCUGACUUCAAUGGAGCAAUACCUAUUUCUGCUGCUUCUUUUCCUGCAAUUUUGGCCCCAAGAAGGGAUCUCCAAGAAAAUAUAAAUGGCUUGCCAAUUUCAUUGCCAUCAAUCGAUCUGUUAGAAGUUGGGAAUAUACCAAAUGAUGACUCUAAUGCUUCACAUACGUCAUUUGGAACUUGCAGCUAUGAUGAACCAGCCAGCCCAUGUAAGUGGAAUGCUAACAGGUUUCAAUCAAGAACUGUAUGUCCACCUUAUUCUGGUGCCCGAAACACAAAUACCGUCGGAUGGAUAUCAUCCGGGAACCUAAAUAUACAUAUGGGCCAUGCUUAUUUUCCCUCUAAUUCCAGUAAUGAGCUCUCGUUGAGCCUUGCCUCAUCGAAGUCUUCGAUCAUUAAUUUUCCGAAUAUCUCCGAUCGGUGCUCAGAGAUGAGCAAUGCUGGUGCGAGUCACCAGUUUUCAAAUGAAAGAAGAGCAUACAAAUCAGACCAAAAUUCCUGCAACAGUAAGGAGCUUUCUCUAUGUUCUGCUUCUUACGGGCCACCUCAGUUGUCACAGCUCAUAGCCGGAUCGAAGUACUUGACUGGCAUUCAGGAAAUUCUUGCUCAGAUAGCAAGCUAUUCGCUGGAAAAUCUAAACAAGGUCAGUUAUGUAAGUAGCGGGAUCGGGAGUGGGACUAGCAAGUCGCCGUUCUCAUCAAACUGUCAUGUUGAUGAAGGACAAGAACUUGAAGUUUUUGGCCAGCGACAAGAAGUUGAAGCUAGGAAAGCCCAGUUGUUGACUCUGCUGCAAGUGGUUGACGACCGGUACAACCAAUGCUUGGACGAGAUCCACACGGUGAUAUCUGCAUUUCACGCAGCGACUGAACUGGACCCGAAGAUACACACCCGCUUUGCACUUCACACCAUCUCGAUUCUGUACAAGAACCUCAGAGAGAGGAUCAGCAACUAUAUUCUCGCAAUGGGGGAAGAUUUCGGCCACUCGAGCACGGGAGAUCGGGAAAGAUCUUUUGAGGCCUCAUUCAUACAAAGGCAGUGGGCACUCCAGCAGCUCAAAAGGAAAGACCAACAGUUAUGGAGACCCCAGAGGGGCCUACCGGAAAAGUCUGUCUCGGUGCUACGGGCCUGGAUGUUUCAAAACUUUCUUCACCCGUAUCCAAAGGAUGCGGAGAAGCAUUUACUUGCACUCAAAAGCGGACUGACAAGAAGCCAAGUAUCCAAUUGGUUUAUCAACGCACGUGUCCGUCUUUGGAAACCAAUGAUUGAGGAAAUGUAUUCCGAGAUGAAUCGAAGGAAGGCUCAUCACAAUGAGGAUGGAAGCAGUGGUGCUAACCAUAUCCAGAGGAGCAUCAGCAUCCAAAAGCUCCACAUGAAUUAAUAUUGAGACGCAAGGAUAAUUAGAGGGAAGCUUCUCGACACAAUCUAAUUGAAAAGGCUCUGGUUCGGCAGCUACGCCGAUCUGAAGGAGCAAUUGCAUUUGCUUAAGUGGUAAUUGAUCAUAAAAAACGCCUUUUGGAUUUAGUCAUGUAUCAGAGCAGCAAUGUAUGAAAGGUAUAAGCCGGUGAUCCGCAUAACAUGUUCGCCUGCUGGAAGAUAUCACAAUCAAGACUUUGUCAACUUGAAAGAUGUGUACAUCCGGCAUCGGACUGAGAAGGCAAUGGCGAAGUCGGGAGUUUCCAACCAAAACGCACCCGAUUCCGUGGCUUUGCGACAUCUCCUCCGAUCACAUGAGAGGGAAGUGAAUCACCUUACUCUAUUGGUAACUUUUUUGAGUCCCCAAGUGCAUGGACUUUUCAAGUGAUGGGACAACGUAAGAACACUAUGAAUUGAUGCCUUUUUGGAAUGGUGGGAUGAUUAGAGAAUCCUAUGAAUUUGAUCAAAAGAGAAAGAGACCUCUUCUUUCUCCUUGUUAAA